AAGGUACUAUAGCCAUUUUCAUCCUCUAAAUCCCCUAUAUAUCGUUCCGGCUCCCCACCCUUCAUUUUCAUCUCAUAAGCUUGUGCUUACCUCGUGGCAGCCACGCGCUAGUGUUCUAAUUCUCUCGCUCCAGUUUCUAAAAGCUCAGAAUCGCAGAAGGAAAAAUGCCGAAGAACUACCCAAAAGUUAGUGAAGAGUACCAGAAAGCCAUUGAUAAGGCCAGGAGGAAGCUCAGAGGUUUCAUCGCUGAGAAAGGCUGCGCUCCUCUCAUGCUCCGUAUCGCAUGGCACUCAGCUGGAACUUACGACGUGAAGACGAACACUGGAGGUCCUUUUGGAACCAUGAGGCACGCAGCGGAGCAGGGUCAUGCUGCUAACAAUGGGUUAGAUAUUGCUGUUAGACUCCUUGAGCCCAUCAAGGAGCAGUUCCCUAUCCUCUCCUACGCCGACUUCUAUCAGCUCGCUGGUGUUGUUGCCGUUGAGAUCACUGGUGGGCCUGAUAUCCCAUUCCACCCAGGAAGAGAGGACAAGCCUGAACCGCCUCCAGAAGGUCGUCUCCCUAAUGCUACUAAAGGUGCUGAUCACUUGAGAGAGGUCUUUGGGAAAACCAUGGGUCUCACCGACAAGGAUAUUGUUGUCCUUUCUGGUGGCCACACCUUGGGAAGGUGCCACAAGGAACGCUCUGGUUUUGAAGGUCCCUGGACUCCUAAUCCUCUCAUCUUUGACAAUUCCUUCUUCCAGGUGCUCUUGGACGAACCGACAGAAGAUCUUCUACAAUUGCCGACUGACAGUGUUCUUGUCACGGAUCCUGUCUUCCGCCCAUAUGUUGAAAAAUAUGCUGCUGUGUGUAUCCUUAUUUUACAACCGAGUUCAUGUUUGAUAAUUGGUAAUAAUUGCUGGGGUGCUGAUAAUUAUCUCCAUCUCCGAAUGCAGGAUGAAGAGGCAUUCUUUGCUGAUUAUGCUGAGUCCCAUAUGAAGCUCUCUGAGCUCGGAUUUGCUGAGGCGUAAGCUGUAGAGGAUGGUGCUGACAGACACCCUCCUGCGUGCCUUUUUCAGUUGUUAAGUGUUUUCCAUUAGUUGAGAAACUUGGUUUUAGGCACUUGGUUUGGUUGAUGGAAUAGAUGGUUGUUGCUUCUUUUGUUGAAUGUGAUGAUGGUCGGAAGUUGUAUAAUUUUGAUGCUUUUCCUUCAUGAUUAAAAUAACAGCAGUUCUUUAAAAACUGUGCAUGUAAUUCUGUUUCC